AUGGGCAUAUUUAGAUCAGAGAUUAUGAAACACGGGACUUUAGUUCUGCCUUCUGAUAGGGCAAGAGAAUAUUUAGAUUGCCUAGGUAAAGAAGUAGAUAUACAAUUUAUAGAUAUGAAUGAGAAGACGAUGAAAAGACAAUAUAAGAAAUAUAUUCAACGUAUUGAUGACAUGGAAAGGAUUUUACGUUUUUUAGAAGAGAAUAUUAAUAAAUUACCUAAUAUAAAAAUAAAGAAGAGUAAAAUUGAUAGUUUUUUAGAACAUGAUAAUAUAUAUGAACUUGAUCAAGUUGAAGAAUCUUUAAAUCGAUUACAUGUUCAAUUUGUUCGUUUCUGUAAUAAUAAUAAAGAUCUUAUAGAUGAAAGAAAUAAUGCUAUAGAAGAGAAGCAUGUGAUUUUAACAGCUCUGAAUCAAUUAAGUCCUGGAGUGAUUAGAGGAGUUGUUGGUAUGAGAAGAGGAUCUGUAAUGGGUGUAGAUCAGCAUCAAAAUAGUAAUAAGAAUAUGAAUAAUAAUAUUGUAAGUCCUUUUGAUGAGGGUAUUGAAGAUAAUAAUAUAUCUUUAUCAACACAUAUUAUGAAGGAUGGUAUUAAUAUGAUGUUUACAAAUAUAUCAGGUGUUAUAAAAACAAAAGACCAAGAAAGUUUUAGUCGUACAAUAUUUAGAGCCUUUAGAGGUAAUACAUAUACAUAUUUUCAAAACAUAGAUGAAGAUGCCGAUGAUAAUGAGUUAUUAAAAAAUGUGGAAGAAUUAGAUUCGUUGAGAUCAGUUGGAGGUACUAAUAAUAUAUAUAAUAAUAAUAAUAAUAAUAAUUAUGAUAGUUUUUCAGAUAAGAGAGAUAACAAAGAUGAUAAGAAAAAAAAGAAAGAUUUAAAAAGUGUAUUUGUAGUAUAUUGUCAAGGUUCGUCACAAAGCAAUAUAUAUGAUAAGAUAAUGAAAAUUUGUAAGGCUUAUGAUGUGAAGACGUAUGACUGGCCAAGAACUUAUGAACAUGCAAAGAAGAGAUUAAAAGAAUUAAGAGAGAUUAUUAAUGAUAAGGAGAAAGCUUUAAAAGCAUAUGAAGAAUAUUUUAUAAAUGAAAUAUUUGUAUUAAUAAAUGUAGUAGAACCUAAUAAAAAUAGUUUAAUAGAAGAAUGGAAAUUAUUUUGUAAAAAAGAAAGACAUAUAUAUAAUAAUUUAAAUUAUUUUGAAGGUAGUGAUAUAACAUUACGUUGUGAUUGUUGGUAUAGUGCAAAUGAUGAAGAAAAAAUAAGACAUAUUUUAAUAAAUAAAAGUUCAAAUGAUUUAGUAUCAGCAUUAUUAUUAUCAGAUAAAGUAUUAAGACCUAAUGUAUCUCCUCCAACAUAUAUAAAAACAAAUGAAUUUACAAAGUCAUAUCAAUCAAUGGUAGAUACAUAUGGUGUACCAAGAUAUGGUGAGAUUAAUCCUGCUAUAUCAACUAUUAUAACGUUUCCAUUUUUAUUUGGAAUAAUGUAUGGAGAUGUUGGCCAUGGAUUAUGUAUUUUUUUAUUUGCUUUAUUUUUAAUAUUAAUGAAUAAUAAAGUUAAAAAUAAAAAAAAUAAUAAUGAGAUGGUUACUAUGUUAUUUGAUGGUCGAUAUAUGUUAUUAUUAAUGGGUUUCUUUGCAGUAUAUGCUGGAUUUUUAUAUAAUGAUUUUUUUUCUAUGCCUUUAAAUUUAUUUUCUUCUAUGUUUAUGUUAGAUAAACAAGUAGAUAAUAUGGAAUAUUAUAAAAGAAGAGAGAUAACCGAUUCAGCAACAGGUGAGGUUCAAUAUGCAUAUCCUUAUAUUUUUGGUUUUGAUUGUAAAUGGUUAGGAGCAGAAAAUGAAUUAACAUAUAUUAAUUCUUUUAAGAUGAAAUUUUCAAUCAUAAUUGGUUUCAUACAUAUGACUUUUGGUGUACUUAUGAAAGGAUUUAAUGCUUUACAUUUUAAAAGAAAAAUGGAUUUCUUUUUUGAAUUCUUACCACAAUUAAUUAUGAUGUUAUCUAUGAUUGGAUAUUUAGUUUUCUUGAUUAUAUAUAAAUGGGUUACACCAGUUGGAUAUGGAGGAUUUCAAAAACAAGGGAUCAUUAAUACUAUUAUAAAUAUGUAUUUAAUGAAAGAAAUAAAUAAUACGAAUCAAUUUUAUCCUUAUCAAAAUAUAAUACAGAUACUCUUAUUAUCUUUGUUUGUUUUAUGUAUCCCUUUUAUGUUUAUAUGUAAGCCAGCUAUUCGAACAUAUCACAUAAUGAAAGAAAAGCAAAAAAUUAAUGAGCAUAAUAUGAGGAAAAAGAAAAGGAGAGGAAAAAGAAAUAACAACAAUGAUAAUGGUAAUAAUAAUAGUAAUAGUAAAUUCCUUUUAGAAAAUAAAAAUUAUUCCGAGCCAGGAGCCAAAGAAAUGAUCAAUGCCGUUCAUCAUAAUACAAAAUCAGGUGGUAUGUUAUUAUCAACAAAUAAUAAAAAAAAAAUUGUAACAACAGAUGGUAGUAAUAAUAAUAUGUUUGGUGAUACAAAGAAUAAUUUAUUAUCAAUGCAUAAAAGAAAUACAAUGAAUAAUAAAAUAUCCUCUUCACAAUAUGAUAAUGAACAACAAGGUGAUGAAUAUGAUGAUGAAUAUGAUGAUUAUGAUGAUGGUGAUGAUGAUGAUAAUUAUGAUGAAAAAGAAUAUUUAAAUAAAAAGAAAAAAAAAAGAACAGAUGAUGAUAUAGAAGCUCAUUUAUUAAGUUCUACAUAUGAAGAAAAAGGAUUACAAGGAGGUUCGGCAGUAAACAUGAGAGGAGAAGAGAAUCAUCAUGAAGAAAACAUUUCAGAAAUAUGGAUUGAGCAGUUAAUAGAAACAAUUGAAUUUAUAUUAGGAUUAAUUAGUAACACAGCUUCUUAUUUAAGAUUAUGGGCAUUAUCAUUAGCUCAUCAACAAUUAUCAUUUGUUUUUUUUGAGCAAACCAUUCUUAAUUCUUUAAAGAGAGAUAGUUUUGUAUCUGUAUUAAUUAACUUAAUAUUAUUUUCUCAAUUAUUUUCAAUACUAACUAUAGCUGUUAUAUUAUGUAUGGACACACUGGAAUGUUUCUUACAUUCAUUAAGAUUGCAAUGGGUUGAAUUUCAAAAUAAAUUUUACAAGGGAGAUGGUAUCCCCUUCAAGCCUUUCAAUAUAAAGAAGUUGUUGAAUGAAAAUGAGUAA